GCCCAGUUCUCCGCAACUUCGUCGCGGUAUCCUCAAGCCCUUCGUCGCGGUAUCCUCAAGCCCAAGUUCUCAUCCACGAUACGCGAAACUCCUUGGUGACGAAUUGUUGCCAAUUGAGGCCCCGUAUUGAAGACACGUAACUUGAGGGUCGCGCUCAUUUGACGAAUAUUCUCCUUGGCCGACUCAGAUCGUUACUGUCUAUCUCGCCAACCCCUUUCUUUCUUGAGGCCGCCUUUGCUGAAGAACUGAGAAUGGGCGCCGCUCAACAAGCCCUUUACUUCCUCCUCCACCCGAACCAGCUUCGGUCCAUCCUUCAAUGGAAAGUAUGGCACGAUCCCGUCCAUAAGCGUGACCCCUCCAAGGAGACGGAGACGGAGAGAACAUGCUUUAAAUACCUCGACAUGACGUCGCGGUCAUUUGCGUCGGUCAUCAAAGAGCUCAACCCCGAGUUGCUGAUGCCAGUCUGCCUCUUUUACCUCGUACUUCGUGGCCUGGAUACCAUUGAGGAUGAUAUGACAAUCGACAUCAAGGAGAAGGAGCCACUGUUGCGGAACUUCCACGUGUAUAUGGAGCAGGAUGGGUGGACAUUUGACAAGAAUGGGCCAAACGAGAAGGACCGCGACCUCCUGGUGCACUUCGACAACGUCAUCGUCGAGCUGAAGAAGGUGAAGCGGCCCUACUACGAGAUCAUCAAGGACAUCACCAUCAAGAUGGGAAAUGGCAUGGCCGAUUAUGCCCUAAACGCCGAACACAACACCAACGGAGUCAAUACCAUUGAAGACUACGAGCUGUACUGCCAUUACGUGGCCGGCCUGGUAGGCGAGGGCCUUACGCGGCUGUUUGUCAAGAGCGAGCUGGCCAACCCACAGCUGCUGGUGCGCACCGAUCUCACGGAAAGCAUGGGCCAGUUCCUGCAGAAGACGAACAUCAUCCGUGACGUGCACGAGGAUUGGAUCGACAACCGGCGCUUCUGGCCCAAGGAGAUCUGGAGCCAGUAUGUCGACAAGUGGGAUGAUCUGUUUGCGCCCGAAAACCGCGAGAAGGCGUUACAAUGCAGUUCCCACAUGGUGCUAAACGCCCUGAAGCACGCCGACGAAUGCUUGUUCUACAUGGCUGGCGUUCGCGACCAGAGCGUCUUCAACUUUGUUGCCAUCCCUCAGAGCAUGGCCAUUGCGACCUUGGAACUCGUCUUCCGCAACCCGGAAAUUUUCGAGAAAAACGUCAAGAUCACCAAGGGUGAUGCCUGCCAACUCAUGUUGGAGUCGACACAAAACUUGCGCGUGGUUUGCGGCGUGUUCCGCAGAUACGUGAGGAGGAUACACCAGAAGAAUGACCCAAGAGAUCCCAACUAUCUAGCUAUUAGCAUCCAGUGCGGGAAGAUCGAACAAUUCAUCGAGUCCAUCUUCCCCACCCAGGACCCCAAGAAGGUCACGGCGGCCACGACUCAGAACGGCGAAAAGGAGCCUUCUAUGGAUAGCGGCGAAGCUUUCCUGCUGGUGUGUUCCGCUAUUGCGACAAUGGUCGUUAUCGGGCUUUUGAUGGUCGGAUUGGCUUGGUACAUGGGCGCUCGCAUGGACAAGAUGUUCCAAAAGCUCGACAAUGCGCUCGGCGGCAGCCUUCCUCCAACGCCGUCCCCCGUUCCUGGACGCGACGAGCUCUGAUCAGAGUCACUUGCGGGACAGGCCACGGCGAGAUGAGCAUUUUCGGUUCACGUUUCUAUAUACCUUGCUAAUGACACAUACCCUUCGAUACAGGCGGUCAUGUAUACAACGAUUACGAGUGAACUGUUGGGCGCGGGAUCUGGCGCGGGCAUCAGCUCCGGUUGGGAGAAGCGAACAUCUAAUACCAACAUAAUACACACGUGUUUGGCUUCUGUUUUAUCGGGCCAGGUGUUGCCGUGAUAUGCGCGCCUUGGAGGUGGUAUUGAUGACCCCCACUGGCUUUGCUAAACAAGGGUAACAACAAGCACGGAUGUCAAAUUGCAAUUCAGCCGCCCUUUCCCCUCUCGGGGCAAUCGGGCUCAAUGGCUGUGGUUGUGCCGAAGAUGUGCUGAUAUGAAACCCUCGUGGCAAGUAGCCUGGAACCCGGGCACGCCCUCGGCCGGGUCUUUCCCUCUUCUCCGACGGAAUGGCCUGCUUAGGGCGGACUGCAAACAUGUCUCCAACAUCUACAAUGACGAAAUGCGGCGCUUGCACACAGGACUCGGUUGUCCGACGGAGUAGUUGCCCCUCGAAAAAUCUUGAUGCCUCAUCCGAUUUCCGUUGGCUCUGAGUUCCGAGUGAAAGCGCUUGUCC